UCGUAAGGUCCUUCCGGUUGCCCAUUGCUUUCUCUCUGCAUAACAGUCUCGCUCCGAGGCGCUUGCUCUUCACUCUGCUCGAAUGCUUUACCAUCGAAGAGUGAUGACUUAGGUUUUUCGGCCAGGUGUGAGCUUCCUGUAUGAUUCGGAUUCUACCGUAGUACUCCGUUUUUUAAUCUGGAAAUGCUAGAUGAGCUCAUGUUCGAUCCAAAACCUGGUUCCACAAGAGGAGAAAAUCGUGUUUGUUUUGUUGAUUCCUUGUGAUGCUUCCCUUUAAUUUAUGACCUAUGGGAUUGUAUUGCUGAUUGUACAGUUAGAUGCUUGGGUUCUUUUCUUUUUCGUUUCCCUUCUUUCUGUAAUUGCCGUUGUGGGGGCUGGGGACGUUAAGGUUGCAAUUGUACAGUUAGGGUUGUAUAUGAUGAGGAUGGGUUGGCAGUAAUGUUGGGGUUAGAGGGAUUUGAAGGAACUAGGUUUCGUGUAUUAUUCAGCUGAAAAACUUUUGAGGGGUUGGAUUUCGAAAGUGGCGAAGAUGAGUUUGAGAGCGGCCGAAGAACAAUCGGGUCAAGAGAUUCAUAUCCCGGCCGAUAUUGAUUGGCAAAUGCUUGAUAAAUCGAAGUUUUUCUUUCUUGGCGCUGCCCUUUUCUCAGGGGUUUCAACGACUCUUUACCCUGUUGUAGUGUUGAAAACCCGGCAGCAGGUAGCUCAAUCCCAAGUUUCUUGCAUCAAAACCGCAAUUUCACUGGUUAGGGUUGAGGGCUUUAGAGCGUUGUACAGAGGAUUUGGGACUUCCUUGAUGGGUACAAUCCCAGCUCGAGCACUGUACAUGGCUGCCUUGGAGGUCACCAAGAGUAACGUAGGAACUGCUACAGUUAGGCUAGGACUUGCAGAACCAACUGCAGCUGCAAUUGCCAAUGCAGCAGGAGGUUUGAGUGCAGCCAUGGCAGCUCAACUUGUGUGGACACCAAUUGACGUUGUGAGCCAGAGAUUGAUGGUUCAAGGUGGAUAUAAUAACCCUAACAAUCACAUGGCUAAUUCUGCACGCAAUUACAUCAACGGGAUUGAUGCCUUCAGGAAAAUCCUCAGCACUGAUGGUCCCAGAGGCUUGUAUAGAGGGUUUGGGAUAUCCAUUUUGACAUAUGCUCCUUCAAAUGCAGUUUGGUGGGCUUCAUACUCUGUUGCACAAAGGCUAAUUUGGGGUGGAGUUGGGUACUACCUUUGCAAGAAAGACGAUGAAAGCAAAAAUACCACAGCUAACACAUUGAGGCCGGAUUCUAAAACAGUAAUGGCAGUUCAGGGAGUUAGUGCUGCAAUUGCUGGUGGUAUGUCUGCUUUGAUUACCAUGCCUUUGGAUACAAUCAAAACAAGACUACAGGUCUUGGACGGUGAUGAAAAAGGCCGGCGAGGACCGACAGCUAUGCAGACAGUGAGGAACUUGGUUAAGGAAGGUGGCUGGACAGCUUGUUACAGAGGGUUGGGACCUCGGUGGGUUUCCAUGUCAAUGUCUGCAACGACAAUGAUCACUACCUACGAGUUUCUGAAACGGCUUUCCACCAAAAACCAGGAGAUUUUGACAUGAUGAAGGACCAGACAACAAGGAGAAAGUGAAUAUCUUUUUUCCUUACCCUAAAUUAUGUUAUUAUUUUCUCUUGCCUAUGUUUUCCCUCCUUUUGGGUUUUUUUUUUUUUCAUAUUUUCCUUGCAAGCAUGGCCGCUCGAUAUCAAUGUAACUAAUUGCUGUCAUGUUAUAUGUAUAUCUUGAAAAUAAAAGUCGUCUUCUAACAUAAUAUUCUGGUCAUGUUUUA